AUGACAUUCCAUCCGGAUUACGAUUCCGACUCAACUUUGUCCGAUGUACCUAGUGAAGCAGAAGAUCAAAUGCAGACAGGACAAGGAGGACCCGCUGGUAACAAAUCAACAACCUCAACCAAUCUGGCGUAUGUGAAGUUUGACUUUUGUUGUCUAGAACCAUUUAGAAAACUGCUAAAAGCUUGCACAAUUUAUUAUAGUGUUCAAGUGAAUAAGAAACGACAUCGAAAUGAAAACUUUGCAAAGAAACGACGAAUUGCCUAUCAAAAUGCUAGACGAGAAUUCAUCACUGACCUACCUCCGAACUGUGGCUCUGUUACAUGGGAGGUCCGUGUCCGUGUCCAGCUGGAUCUCUUUCAAGAUAUUACAACCGAGUACAGGAAACUCAAGUUGGAACGAAAGAAAGCCCAAAAAGCUUUCAAAGACGGACGUGGCCCACAACCUCCCAAGGAUCCAAUAUAUCGUCGUACUCCUACCCUAGAAGAGAUCGAAUCAGCCAACUCAAUCGUUACGGAUCCAAAAAAAUUCCGUCUCUACGAUCAUGGCCUUGUCCAUAUGUUUGAUAGGAAGACGACUAAAGAAAAGGAAAAGCGGAUUAUUGCUGAGAUCAAGUUCACAGACCUCAAGACCAUAUCGGAUCAGAUGCGGGAGGACUUGAAUUUCUUUCUUGGAUUUCUCCACCAAUCCAAGAAGUUUGUUAAUACGGUGGGGUCUGAAUCAAGAUCUUGUGGGGGUUACAUGUGGGCGAUUGGAUGGCGUAAAUCUAUGACUCAUCUUGAAAUAGUGGGCCGUUAUGUCAACUCUCAAGCUAUCAAGGAUAAUCCCGAUGAAUUCAUCCAACAUGUACGCGAUGCCGAUCGAGCUUCUCAGAUACUCUGGGACCUCUUCUUUCCAAUGGGUAACAAGGCCCUUGAAGCCAAUCGCCAGUUUAUGAUUGAGCAUAACCUACCAUCCUUCUCAGACCAAGUCAUUCCUGGUACCACCCCGAAGGAAAUUUCUCCCCAAGCCGAUCCCGAUGAAUCUACGACUGACCUCAGCCAUCCGAACCCUGAGGUGGAGACAGAUGAUUGUGCUCCUACUACUUGCAACCAAUCUGUUACUCCAAGCCGCAACGAGGUACCAGACACACCUGCCCCUAUUAACAAAAACCCAUCGAACGAUACAACUGAAGCUGUGGCCUCUACUGAAAGUGUUCCACAUAAUGAGGAUGGGAUCCCCGAUACUCCCGAGCUUCCUCAUAAUAAAUUUUUCUCAUCAAACCUCACUUUCACCUCAGACGGCUUUUAUAAUCAUCCACAUAAAGACGGCCGGGAUGACGAAAGACUUCCUUUUGCGUUUCUAUUAUGUGUACCAACCUUCAAGGAUACAGGUCUUCUGGCGAUGGAGUCUGAUGGCUAUGAUGUCAAGGGGGCCAGAUACGAUGGUACAGAUGAUCUUUGA